AUGGUCACCAGCAGAAACGAUUUUAGGGACGAGGAAAGAGUCGAAUCCGCGAUUUACGAAACUCUGCCUGGAACGGAAGGCACCAAUAGAGUGCAUGUUCAUGUAACCAAGGACAGAAUGAAGGAUAUCAUGGAUGACGCUAAUCAAGCGUCAAUUAGGAAAAAACGAUCACCGAAUAUAAUGAUACAAAGAAUAAUUGAUACCAAUGCAAGCGUUGCAAUUGUGAUUGGAGCAAUGGUGAUAAUCUAUAUUCUAAAUAUCAAACUGUUGACUAUCAGCAUGGCACUUCCACUCUCAUGGGUAUUAACUGCAUGCGGGGUAGUGACAUUGACGCAUUACAUUUUCGAAAUGCUUUUCGCCCUUGUCAACAAGUACAAAAUGGACAAACUUGGAAGAAAGGUACUUGGUAAACAAAGGGCCUCGUUCAGAUGCAAUGGAAAAGUGGCAUUACAGAUUGUUGGCUACAGAGAAGAUCCAGAUUAUUUUCGCAAUUGUAUCAUCUCAGCUCGGGACUGCUACGGUCCUAUUUACGUCUUAUGCGUGGUGGUGGAUGGACACGAAGAACAAGAUGCUUACAUGGCCGAGACAAUAACGGAGGUGUUCGGGCAUGAAAACACCAUGCAUAUCAUCCUUGACGACAUAGCUGCUAAUAUUGACGACGGGAAAUGGAAGAAAGAGGUUGUAAAGCCGGUCUCUGAGUACCUUGGGGAUGGCAGCGAAUACACUGGUAAAAUAAGACCUUAUGGUGGCAAACAAGGAUUCAAGGUUCUCACUAUUAGACAACUGCACGAGGGAAAACGCUCUGCAAUGCACUGUGCGAUGCGAUUGCUAAUCGAUCUCGGAAUUGAUUAUAUUAUGAUGACCGACUCUGAUACCCGUCUCGGUCCAAACUCUCUCGCUCAUAUGAUCAAUCUGCUGGAGUCUGAUAAUAACAUCGGUGCCGUCACGGGAGACAUAGAAAUCUUUAACGCCAAUAAGAGCCCCGUCUCCUUCCUAAGCGCAGUCAGGUACUGGUUCGCAUUCAACAUGGAGCGAGCCGCCCAAAGUUUAUUUGGAGUUGUUUGGUGCGUAUCAGGACCAUUAGGAUUGUACAGAGCUAGGGAUAUCAGACGUGUACUACAUGAUUGGUAUUACUCACCUUGUGCCUACGGUGAAGACAGGCAUCUUACAAUUAGAAUUCUUUCUCUUGGCAGAACUGUAAAAUAUACACAUUUGGCAAAAUGUACGACAGAAUCACCAACCAAUUUAAUUAGAUGGAUUGUCCAACAAACACGAUGGACAAAAUCUUUUUACAGUGAACUUGGCUUUAACUUAUUAUGGACAUUCAGAAUUAACUUCUAUCUCACUUGGGUCUUGUUAUACGAAGUUGUGUACCCUUUCUUCGUCACGGCUACCAUCGUCAUAGUGUUAUUCUCAUCAUGUCCAAUCAGCGUGGCAACCUUGGUUGUGUUAAUGGUGUCAAUUUGUGCAUUCAGAGCGUUAGUGGCAACAGUGAUAUCAAAGAAACCACGUCUCUUAUUUUACUUCAUGUUUAGCUUUCUGUAUAUACUCUUUCUUAUUCCAACUAAGAUUGUAGCUGUUAUGUGUUUGUGGGACACACGUUGGGGUACUUCCAAUCGAUUAUUCGUUAGCAAUGGAAAUCCUGUUCAUCUCAUACCAGUGUUUCUAUGGUUCUGUGUCUUGGUCAUUGGUAUCAUUUUAAAUGAAAACUUGUUCUUUGGUUUGAUAAAUUACAUUUAAAUAGUGAUGGGAACUCAAACCACUGGCUUUGAUGUACGGGGAGGAGAAAAGAGGAUUUUUUGAUCACACUGAAAUAUGAUUUUACACUUUGCAAAUGUUGUACUGUUUUCAGAUUUCUACCUAGUAAAAGUCAAAUUGACCGCCUGAUGUAGUAUUUUUUCUCAAAAAUCUAAUUUUUUAUUUUCAUUUAAAGAACUGAGC